AUGGACAUGGUCUCGGCAGCGGCCGCGGCGCUGCGCUCUCGGAGCGCCGCUGCUGCUGCGGCCGCGGUGGCGGCGGCGCUCCCGCCCCGGAGUGGCGCUCAGCCCUCUCCUCGGCAUGACCAAGAGUGUCCAGGCCCAGGCCUCCCAGAUGUGGUCCGAGCAGAUGCGGUUGGAGGGUCGCACCGCGUCGCCGAUGCGUCGGCGAUGUGGCUCGAUGUGGAGCCCGAUGUUCUCCACGUCGGCCACGCCGAUGCAUCGCCGAUGCAUCCCCAAGAGGGCCCGAUCCUCUGGCCCAAUCUGGGAGGCCCCUAG